GACAAGCGAAGAAGCCCCGUCUCCAGGAUACAGAGGGAAGCUUCCGAGUGCAUAAUGCGGUGAAAAGCUACAUCUGCCCUGAGGAAAAGGUGGCCACCAAUGCAUGCCAACAGCCUCUCUGACCACACAUUUAUACACCAGUAAAGGCAACACUGAAGGCAAGGUUGGUAAAGGAACUUGCCCAAGCACACAAUGGAAGAGUGACUUAAAUGGAUGGAAGGAGCAAGGUUUGAAUGGCCAAUGCUCCAGUUACUGGACGACCUGCUCUACCUCCUGAGCCAAGUGUACAGUGAUGCAACGAGUGCAGCGUCUUCACCUGAACCAUGUCCUGCAAACCGUGUGCGCGCUGGAAGCCGUCGUCCUCCGCAGCUUCGGCCCUGAAGGAGGACAGGUGCUCUUCACCCGAGACACUGGACAAGCAAUGUUGAGCCGCAGCGGCACACGUAUUCUCACAGCACUUCGACUGGAGCACCCACUAGCCAGAGCGGUGGUGGAGUGUAUCCGCAAGCACAGCGGGAAAACGGGGGAUGGUUCAAAAUCCUUUAUGCUUCUGGUGGCAUCAUUAUUACGAAGCAUCCAUAUCGCAGUCUCUAAGGAGCCAAAUGUAUCACACAAUUAUAAGUCUAGGGCAGCAGCAGAGUCUGCCACUGCAACACGCUUGGCCGACCAAAUGCUCGGAUUCGCAUUGGAGAAACUGGAGGAUCUCAUCACUGUUGCAGUGGUUCCUUAUGGAUUCUGUCUUUUGGCCAAUGAUUUAUCUGCCAACGCUCUAACCGACUGUGACAACGUUCAAAAGUUGCUCGUAUCUUUUUUCCGUACACGCUUGGGUUGUAGCCACUGUAACCUAAUGGGUGAACUCAUUCGCAAACUGCUCACCGACUGGAAAUGUUUUACUUUUUUAUCACUGGAGUUUCUGAAUGAAAACUUCCCUGCCUUGCACACAGCUGUGUUAGGCUUUCCUGUCAGUUGUUCUCGCUUGGUUGAGGGACAAGUCAUCCACAGGGACUUUGCAACACCCCACAGUAACAUUUCCCAUCUUCCGGUUAAGGCGGUUAUUUUUACCAUACCCCUGCAACCAAAGUUGGUGUACGCAGAAGAUGUGCUGGAGCUCGGGAAACAAACGAUGGAGGAUCAUGACAGGAGUAUUUUGUGCUUUAGCGCCUGGGCUGAAAGCUCACUGGAGUGUAUGUUUGCAAACCUUCAGACUUUUGGAGUCUCUGUUCUUUUGUCUUCCGUGAAACAGUCUGAUGCUGUCCUGGCUUUAGCUACACAAGCAGAGAUGUGUGUCGUGGAGUGUAUCAGUGAAGAUGAACUGGCUCUCUUUAUACACCUGAGUGGGACCACACCUGUCUCAGACUGCCAGGGGAUUCAGCCUGAGCAUGUUGCUUCUUUAACAUUUUGCCGACCAAUACUUCUAGGAGCACAUAGGUAUGUCCAUGUGGCUUUCCCGGAGUCCAAUGACCAGAUGGUCCAACCAAGUAGUGUUGUGAUCUGCGGCCUGGCAGAAGGGCAAACAGAUCAAUAUGCAGGGGCAAUUCAGGAUGCUAUCCGCAUGCUGCGUACAACGUGGGAGCCUUUGGAUGCAGCUACAAGAAUAUCUGUGCAACCAGGAACAUCUCCAUCCACUAUUUUGUCAGGUUGCGUCAUACCUACUGGAGGAACUUUUGAGUUUCUCUUACAUCACGCCCUCUUACAACAUGGCCGAAACCGCGCCAUUUCUAAUCCUACUGAUACAGGUGUCCCCAUUGUAUGCCAGGUCUUGGCAGAGGCUUUGCUGUGUCUUCCUCGUCAUAUUUACUCAGACAAUCCAAGACGUUUCCUGCUGGUUCAGACACAAGUCUUAAAGAAAUUGGAGGUUUCCCACCUUGAGGGACUUUUUUGCAAGCCAGAGUUUGGCAAAGUACAAGAAGAGCCAAAUAUGUAUUCUUCAUCAUCAAUCAAUUUUAAAAUGUUAUCCGGUCUUGAAUCUGUCUCCUGUAAAUACUAUCUAAUUAUGGCUGUACUGCAGUGUGUCCAAAGUCUCCUCCGAGUGGACACUGUGCUGCAUGUACACUCUCACUUAAAUCCCAAACCAUCCAAACCCACGUAUUCCUCAGACGAUGAAGACUAAGGACUGGAAAGUGUUUACUCAGGUAACAAUUUGAAUAUUUUGCACUUGAUACAGUUAACCAUUUUAUCUUUGGGGUCAGCGUGGCUCAGAAAGUAGAGCGGCCGUCCAGAAACUUGAGUGUUCCUGGUUAGAAUCCAGCAUUCGCCAUUUUAGUCACUGUUCUUUGUGUCCUUGGGCAAGACACUUCACCCACCUUGCUCCCAGUGUGGUGUAAAUGUAGCUAUAAUGGGUUUCUCAAUUUAAAGCGCUUGAGUCAGUAGAAAAAAGCGCUUUAUAAAUAUAAUUACCUUCACUUCACAUUACAUCUUUGUUCAUCACAGAGUACAUUUAUUUGAAUGGCCUUUAGAUUUUCUCCUAGUAAUAGCAAAACAGCAGAGAAUUGCAGGCAUCCAUUAGUGGUAACGUGUUUUAAUAUGUGUUUUUUCUCCAUAAAUUAUGACACUACUAAAUAUCAGCAAUAUAGUAGCUAAUGUGUGACAAACACAUGUAUAUCAGGGGCUCUUAGCCUUUUUGACGUCAGGGCCCAUCUUUUCCACUACGGAGGGUGCCCAGGGCCCACUCAAAUAUUAACACUGAAUUAGUAAUCUUACUCUUGAUUUUAAGCAUAUUAAAUAAUUAUAUCUCGCCUACUUACAGUGUACAACCUUGUCAAAUGAUAUGAAACCAUGUGUUGAUCACAAAGAUGAUUAUUUAUUUAACACGUAAACCUUAGGCUUAGGUCAGGCUGAUUUGAAAAAUAAGUACAAACCAAAUAUACUGCCUAAGAAACACCCCAUAAAUAACUGACAAUAAAUACAUUUACAUACAAUCAUGUUGUGCUAAAAUAAAUUAGCUAAAUUAAUAAUAAAUAUGUUUCGCGACUACCUUCCGCCCGGAUGCAGCUUAGAUAGGCUCCAGCACCCCCCGCGACCCCAAAAGGGACAAGCAGUAGAAAAUGGAUGGAUGUACUAAACUGUCAAUAAAAUUUAAGUGCAAAUGAAAAUACACUUUCACCACUGUAGUCAUUAUGUUUGUGCGGAAGAAUCUUCUCUGACUUGCUUCUUCUGUUUGAAAUUGUCAUUACUGCCACAAGUGGUGGAAAAGUGUAUUACAGCUGAGUAUUGCUGCAGCCCAUACCGACCACAGUUGAGAAACGGAUAUACCCAACAAUCUUAAAACAGAGCCCAGUGGUUAAGAAACACUGAUGUAUUGUUUAUCUUACUAUGUGUCAAAGACUGUCCAUUUUUUAAAAUAAUUUUGGGAAUAAAUCCACUCUAAGAAUUCUAGCCAACUUCUCACUGACAUUUUCUUGAGGCGUCUUCUUGUCAGCUGACAUCAGAUCAUUCUGUUUUGGGUUAUUUUCCAGUUCUUUUUUCAUCUGUGUUUUUUCUCAGAAAUGCAGCGAGCAACAUUUAGCGCUACUGUCUCUUUAAUGCCAUGUUAUGUAUGAGGGAGGGAGAGCCUCAAUAUUCUUGUUAUUGUAUUUGUUUUUUGGGGCAGUUUUACCAGAACUAGACUUGUGUUUAUGAAAGGAAAAGCAAAAAGCAUUUCUGUAGACUCUUCUGUCGGACUACUAUUCUUCUACAGUAAUUCCUCGUUUACGGCUGUUUGGGGCCUUCCGUAAAUGAAUACAGCAAAGUAGGAAUUAUUUUUAUAAAUCAAAUAUUUUUUAUAGCCACAAAAUAAAACCU